UGUUUCCCUUCAGCUUCCAGUUUUUGUCAUUAGGAGCAAUGGGAGCCCUGAUCUUGGCUGAUCCGAGUAAUUCCCUCAAGAUUUCAUUGUGUCAUUUUGGGUUUAAUGUUGUACUGGCGAUAGUAUCUCUUGGAGCUCCACCCCAGAUGGUAACUCUUAUAGAAGGAAGUUUACCUUUUAAGACUUCUAUACUGGGUGGAGUUUCAUUUAUGAUGUUUCAGUAUAUCCCUAAUGAAAUACUUAUCAGUUAUGACUUGCUAUUGGGCCUAAUAGAGCCUCUCUAUGCAAUAUUUGAGGUAUGCCAACUUAUUAACUUAUCGUUUCUCAUAUCCAGGUGGAUGAAAAGUAAGAUGGAUUAUGAAAGAGAAGGGAUUAACCUCCAGUUCACAGUCGUGCUAGCACUUUCGCUCUCUAUCACAAGUAUCCUCAUGGCUAUCUAUCUGUUCGUUCAAAGCUUAACUGAAGCAGAGCUCAGCACGCUGAAUAUCUUAGCUAUCUCGGCGUGAAUUUUGAUAUCAGUCUUCAUAUGAGUAGUUUGAAUUUUAUCUGAACAAGAGGAUUCCAAUAUCAUGAAUGGAGGCCUCUUCAGUAUGUUUCUAGCUUACAACACAAGAGGAAUUAUUCGCAAAGGUAAUCUAAUCGCUUUAAAAUCUACCAUCCAGGAAGAGGCUCCUUCUUUGAUUAGAAGUUUGUUAUCCAAAGCCUAUCUAGUCCAAAAAAGACUCUCAAAUUAUCUGUCAAGUUUCAUCUUAGAAGGAAACUCUGGUUAUAGCAUUAUCGGAUUCUUUGAGUUUCAUAAGAAAGACAACCUUAUAUCUCUGUUACUAGGAAUCACCUUGAUCUUAGCACUUCCAUUCACUCAAAAGGAAUGGUUUAGAGAUGGCUCUAGUUUUGAUGAGUCUGAAGAAGAUUCAGACAUCCCUAAGCCAACUGAGGUAGAUUUAAGGUGGGAGGACAGGAAAGCCCAGUGCUUCUAUUACCUUGUAAAUGCAAUCUUGGUGCUUAUAACCACCAACUAUGCAUUCAAAUCAAUGGAUUAUAGCAGUUAUAGUGAGAACUAUUGGGUCUCAUUCUUGAGUUCACUUUGAACCCCAAUAGCUGGUAUUGCUUAUUUUUUGUAUAAGCUGUCAGUAAGUCCUGAUUGUGACUAAUAAGUUGUAAAUUUCAACAACCCG